UUAUUUAUUUUCCCCCCGUUAGAAACCCUUUAUAUAUUUAUUUAUUUUGUGUCAAUCUUUCUGAUUCUCCCUUCUUCAUUCCGUUAUAUUACAGUCCCAUGUUUUGUAUAACCAGCCUCUCUCAUUUCUCCUCAAUCGAACAGAACGACAAAACCCUAACUUUCUUUUUUUGCUUUUCCAUCUCGGUUUCUCGGGAACCAAACGGUUCAAUUCUCCGGUUGAAAUGACGUCGCAUCCGCAGGAGAUGGAUCUUGAAGACGACGGAGGAAGCUCCGAUCUCAGCACCAGCGCCGGCGAGCCAGAAAAGAACACGAACCCUAAUCCUAACCCCGAGCACAACAACAAAAACAACAGAAACAACGUUAACGGAGUUUCGAGGUCGGCAAAUUUCGCCGAAAUGACGGCGUUUCAAGCCUUGCCGAUGAAGGAGGAGCCUUUGGACUCAGACCCGGACCAGAAGGUUCAGCAUCAGCAGUCGACGUCGGUGGUGCCGGUGGCGAUGCAGAUGCAGGUGGCGCCAAUGCCUCUGCCCAUGCCGAUGCCGGUCUCGACGGCGAUCAGACGGUCGUCAACCAAAGACCGACACACGAAGGUCGAAGGCCGUGGCCGUAGGAUCCGAAUACCGGCCACGUGUGCGGCUCGGAUCUUCCAAUUGACCAGAGAACUGGGCCACAAGUCGGACGGCGAGACCGUACGAUGGCUCCUCGAACACGCGGAGCAGGCCAUUAUCGAAGCCACCGGCACCGGGACAGUCCCGGCCAUCGCCGUCUCCGUCGGUGGGGCCCUCAAGAUCCCGACGACCACGAACGCCAACCCUGUCGACGAAACGACGACGUCUAGUGCCGCCACCGCCAAGAAACGGAAGCGCCCCUCUAACAGUGAGUUCGUUGACCUGACCGACGCCGUUUCUCAGUCGUCCGGUCUGGCCCCGAUCGGACCGGCUGUUCCCCAGGGGCUGGUCCCGGUCUGGGCCGUGGCGGGGAACGCCGCGGGGGUGAACAUGAUGGUCCCGGCCAACGCCUUCUGGAUGAUUCCCCCGACGGCCGCCGCGGCUGGCCCAGGCCCAUCAAGACAGCAGCCUCAGAUAUGGGCCUUAUCGCCGACAGUAACUCCCGUCUUCAACAUGGCGGCCCGGCCCAUCUCUUCCUUCGUCGCUAAUCAACCGGCCGUCGUCGGCCCAGCUGGCGUUCCAAGCUCCGUCGUCGAAGUUCCAUCCCACGUGGCCCACCACGGAGGUGGGCUUUCGACGAGCACGACGUCGGUGGGGCCAACAGCGGCGAAGAAGACGUCGUCGACGAUGGCUCCGAGCUUGAGCAGCUCCGGCGGCCGCGGUGGUGGGACCAAGGCUCAGAUGCUGAGAGAUUUUUCUUUGGAGAUUUACGAAAAGCAGGAGUUGCAGUUCAUGGGCCGACCUGGGAAUCACCAAACGCAGUCGUCGAAGCCAUGAAAUUAGGAAUUAAUCACGCAAAAGUUUGAAGCUUAGAAGCUAGAGAUAGAAAGAGAGAGUGGAUUCUAGUGUCAGAAAUGUAAUGAGAGAUUGCUAUAUCCACUUUGUAUGUUAAUGGACAGAGAAAAUAAAUAUGAAAAAUUUUUAAAGAA